AUAAAGGGCGCGCGCAGAGGACAUAUAAUAAUAAUAACAUCACAAGCCGAGCUGGUCUGCUGAACGCGAUACUUCUCUCUCCAGAAUGAAGCUGUGCGCCGUGCUCGUGGGGCUGUGCUGCCUCGCCCUCGCUCCGGCAGGGACCCAGGCCUCCAGCGUGAAGGAGCGAGUCAAGAGGGACGGGGGAGUCAUCACUGCUGCCCUCAUCGGCGCCGGCGCCAGACUCGUGUCCGGCAGUGGAGGACCGUCGUCCACGUGGGAGCUGCCUUCUGGGCGAAGGGUCGACGCCGACAACUGCUGGCAGGACGGCUCGGGGCCCUGCGCCAAUGGCAACUGCCUGGACGACGAUGGGCGAAAGGGCUUCAUCAUCAAGGAGACCACGGUGUCGUGCAAGUGGUUCUGCGCGUGGAGGGCCCACUGCAAGACCCAGAUCUGCUGCGCCUGACCAGGCUGCUGCCGUGCCCUGCUCCCUCUGGCUCUAGUCCCCGAGUCUGCUGGUCGUGACCUGCUUCUUGGGGCUGAACUGACCUCUCGCUUUGCGCCCUCGAUCCUGUCCACGGUAGUCAAGCAAGCUG